AUGGCCUCAGGCGCAGAAGGUUCGGUUCGUCAGAAUAUAGACAGAGGGUUUGUUAUUCUGACUGUUGGCUGGAUCGAGUGCGGCAUCACGGCACUCUUCAUUGGCGGCCGUGUGUACAAUCGUUUCCAGAAGCGAGGUGGUCUUGGGGCUGAUGACUGGCUUAUUUUAACAUCGUUUAUACUGGCCGUCGCCUUCAUGGGAGUCACGACUCCAGAAGUGCAAUAUGGCACAGGCAGACACCUCGAAUUCCUGUCAGAGGAUCAAAAGGUCCAGUCGGUCAAGCUCGACUGGGUCAGUCAAGCGCUUCACAUUAUGAGCACGGCCGUGGCCAAGAUGUCGAUUGUGCUCUUCAUCCGGCAAAUCAUUGGCAAAGGCCACUCGCGCAUGUGGUUCCUGUACAUCAUGGUGACCAUGUUGUUCGUCAUCAGCGUCGUGUGCGUGUCCUUUAUCUUUGCGCAGUGUACGCCUGCUGCGGCUUUGUGGGAUCCAAGGCUGAGCAAAGAGGGCAAAUGUUGGGAUCCAAAGGUGCAACAGGGUUAUGGGUACUUUACGGCCUCCUUCUCCGUCUUUUCGGACUUUGCGCUGGCCAUCUUCCCCAUCACGGUGGUCUGGAACUUGCAAAUGGAGUGGCGACUGAAGAUGAGCCUCAUGUUUUACAUGGGCCUGGGAGCAUUGACUGAACAAUUCUGCAUCAUCAUCGCCGCGUGCAUUCCACCCAUGCGCUCCCUCUUUGUCAACAUGUAUCGCAAAAUUUUUAACAUCCAAUCCACCCACGAUGCGUCGUCGUCGAGUAGAACGGGCGGCACGAAAUGCAGACGAGGCUACGUCAAUCAGCCCUCGCAGAACGAGGAGCACGGUCUAUCGCACAUGGAGUCGGGCUACUGGCGGAAUGAGACGGAGGUUUCGGCCAUGGCCCAUCGUCGCCCUGAACCAGACAGCGACACGACGAGUGGACAUAUCGAACAGAGGAGCGACAGCGAUGAACUGCUAGGGAAGCAGCAAGGAGGAAUCGUCAAGAAGACCGAGGUGAUGGUGUCAGAGCAUCGCAUGCGAUGA